UCACAAUCUAACAGUGAUCGUCACAAGUCCGGUCUCUCUCUUCUUCCUUCUUUAAUCGUAGCAGCUCAGCUUUCUCCCUCCCUCUCUCUCUCUCUCUCUCUCUCUCCACAUAAACUUACUGUGUCUUACCUCUGAAUACAGAGAAAAAAUUUGUUGAAAGGAGAAAGGGAAGAGGAGUGAGCGGAGAAGAGCUGCAGCGUUGAUGUCUUCGCCGUUGCCAUUGCCAUCGCCAUCGCAAUCGCUAUCCAGAAUGGCGGCGGGCGAAGGCUCGGACAAGGAAGGAUCGGAGUACAGUUCUUCUGAAGAGAAAGGGAGCUUCGAGUACUUUGGUACGGUCUUUCAUCUUGGCGUCAAUUCGAUCGGACAUGAAUAUUGUCACCUUCGUUUUUUGUUAUUGAGGGGUCAAUACGUCGAGAUGUACAAGCGAGAUCCUCACGAGAAUCCUGGCAUUAAACCAAUCAGGAAGGGUGUCAUUGGGCACACUCUUAUGGUGGAGGAAAUAGGACGUAGGAGGGUGAAUCAGCAGGAUGUUUAUGUUCUAAGAUUUUACAACCGACUGGACGAGACAAAAAAAGGAGAAAUUGCUUGUGCUACGGCUGGAGAAGCUCGGAAAUGGAUGGAGGCAUUUGAUCAGGCCAAGCAACAAGCUGAGUACGAGCUUUUAAGAGGUGGCACAAGACGGAAACUAAGCUUGGAGAAUGAGCUCAACCUUGAAGGACAUCGGCCACGAGUAAGGAGGUAUGCACAUGGUUUGAGAAAGCUUAUAAGAAUUGGAAAAGGUCCAGAAACUCUCCUGCGUCAAUCCUCAGAUUUGGGGGAUUUCAGGGCAGAGAGAUAUUUUGAAGGUGAUGCUGGGGAUGCAAUUGAAGCCCAUGAAUGGAAAUGUGUCCGUACUGUCAAUGGUAUUAGGAUAUUUGAAGAUGUGUCUGACUCCAAGAUUGGUAAAGAUGUCCUUGUGAAGGCUGUUGGUGUUGUUGAUGCUAAUGUUGAUGCAGUAUUUGAAGUAUUUGUAAGCCUCGACCGACAUCGGAGAUAUGAGUGGGAUAUGUUGACUAGUGACUUAGAACUAGUUGAUUCUAUAAAUGGGCACUAUGAUGUUGUCUGUGGUACAUAUGACCCUAACCACAUGGCUCGGUUGCAUUCCAAAAAGGAUUUUGUCUUCUCUAGGCAAUGGUUUCGUGGACAAGAUGGAGCAUAUACCAUAUUGCAAUUUCCGGUUGUCCACAAGAAGCGACCCCCUAAAUCUGGCUAUCAACGUACACAAAUUAAUCAUUCCACUUGGGAGAUGAGAGGUCUGAAUCAGUCUUCAGCUUCAAAUUCUUCAAGAUGUUUGGUAACACAAAUUUUGGAGGUACCUGCAUCUAGUGGCUGCUGUAUAUGGAAGAAGAAUAACUGGUCAGACUUUGAAAAGACAAUCUCAUAUGCUUUGUUGUGCCAAGUUGCAGGCCUCAAGGAAUACUUUGAAGCAAAUCCUGCAUUCAGAUUUGACUCUUCAACUACUGUUGUCCAUUCAAAAGUCUCUACUUCUAGUGCAAGUGGUGAAUUUGAGGAUGAAGAAGUUAGUGAUGAAUUCUAUGAUGCAAUUGCUGCUGAUCCAUCAUCUGAUGAUGAGGAUAGUGAUGACGAUAUAGAGGAUGACAAGAUGGAUGGGAAAAUGAAGCUAAAGAAUGUCUCAUGGGCCAUCGCGAGCUUGGCCUUGAAACGGAGUUCAGUUACAGUCACAAAUAAGGAAUUGGAUGGCCACAUUCCUCCUAUCAGUAUUGAUGCAAGUCAGUAUCAUGGUUCCAUGUCCCAAGGAAAAGAUGCUAGUGACACAAAUUGUUGGUCUUGUCCGGGAGGACAAGGAUUUAUGAUAAGAGGAAAGACAUACUUAAAGGAUAAUUGUAAGAUAACGGGAGGAGAUCCUCUUUUGAAGCUCUUAGCAGUCGACUGGUUCAAGGCUGACAGCUGCAUUGACAAUGUUGCAUUGCAUCCCAAAUGCCUUGUUCAGUCAGAAGCUGGGAAGAAACUGCCAUUCAUAUUGGUCAUUAAUUUAGAGGUAUGUGUCUCUGAUAUUGAUUUUUUGCUUCAUAUCAUUAUGAAUGAGAUCCAUGUAUAUUAAAACCAAUAGAUGGAG